UGGGCCGCGAUGUUACAUGGAGUACUAGGAUAUUAGCAACUUUGGGGACCCAGAUAUAGGUCUGGGAACGGGAGUGCGUGAAGAGGAGCCAUUCCGGGCGGGCCGGGGGCAGGGGCAGGGGAAGAGCCCCGGAAGCAGUGCGGAACACCCCUCCUUCUGGGUCCAGGGCUGUAACCCGCCUGUCUGCCAGGACUUGGAGACAGAGGAAGAGAGCAGCCGAUGGUUACGGGUGAUGCCAACGACGGUUGCCCAAAGCUGUAGUUUCAAUGACCGGCGCGUGUCCAUCCUGUGUUGCAAAUUCUGUAAACAAGUGCUCAGCUCUAGGGGAAUGAAGGCUGUUUUGCUGGCUGACACUGAAAUAGACCUUUUCUCUACAGACAUCCCUCCUACCAAUGCAGUGGACUUCAUUGGAAGAUGCUAUUUCACUGAAAUUUGCAAAUGUAAACUGAAGGACAUCGCAUGUCUAAAAUGUGGGAACAUUGUAGGUUAUCAUGUGAUUGUUCCAUGUUGUUCCUGCCUUCUUUCCUGCAACAAUGGACACUUUCGGAUGUUUCACAGCCAGGCAGUUUAUGGUAUUAACAGACUAGACUCUACUGAUAACUAGAAUGGCUUCUGUUAUCUGCAACUGAACUCUGACUGAUACAGAAAGCAAGCAGAGAGACCAAACAGCAGGCUGCUGUAGUAGCCCAUGGAAUAGAGGAAGAUUUGGGACAUAUUUGAAAGAGCUCACAGGACUCUGAUGGACUGGAAGUGAGUAUGAGAGAAAGUGAGGAAGAUAUGAAGGACGGAAUCAAGAAUGACUCCAAGGUUUUGUGAUCUCAAUUACUGAGAUGAGGAAGAACAAAUUCAGAGAGAAAACUAGAGUUUGAUUUUUAAUAUGACUAUUAGAUAUCAAUCAGGCAGUUAGAUAUAGGCUUCUGGUGUUUGGGGAAGAGGUGUGGGCUGCAGAUAUAAAUUUGAGAGCUAUUUACCUAUAAAAACAUUUAAAGGCAUGAGACUUGAUGCUAUGGAGGGAGUAAGUGUAGACAGAGAAGAGACUGAAACUUGGAACAGCAAUGUUGAGACACAGGGAAGGUGAGUAGAAUCCAUUUUUAGUGUAUAUUGGGGUCUCUGGAGAUACUCAUUAACCAUGUAGAUUCCGGAGCCCUACCAUCAUCAAUUCUGAUGCAGAACACAUAAGGAGACCUGGUAAUCUAAGUUGUUGACAAGCUCUUUAGGUCAUUCUGAAGUGGGUAAUUUGAGAGGACCCUUCAAAAAACACUGAAAAUUUUAAC